UCAUCUGUUAGAUAAACAAUAAUAAGAAAAUAUAACGAUAUACACAGUAGCCACAAAUAAAAAUAUUGUAUGUUUUGUCCUGAAAAAUAUGAAAUUGCAUAUAUUGCCACAUGUGUUGUUUGAUGAGUUUCCAGAUCCGGAAGAUGAAACCAUCAUUUACUGUUUUUUUACACAACCAAAAUGUCAUCCCUAUACGGCCAACCAGUCAAAGUGUCCAAAUGCGAAAUUCUACUGCAGUGCAAAUGCAUAUCCCGUUAUGGUUAAAUUGAAAAAGUCGCCAACGUUUAAUGUGAUUACGGAAAGGCGAAUAAGAUUUAAGAAGAAAGGUGCAGUUGAAUUUUCGGUUCGUUGUGUUCCAACUGGAAAUCCAUCCGGAUCGGUUAUGUUGCUAAUUGAAAUUGGUGACGAAGUUCACCUGUACACAGGCCAAUUCACAGCGUAUCGAGAUGUAAUAGAUAGUCGAGCUAUUGCGUAUUACAAAGACAGAUUAAAUGAUAUUUAUGUAGAUAAUACGGUAGCCCGUUUGAAUGAGUUUGGACUUUUGAAAAAAGCUUGCCAACAAAUCGAAGAAAUUGUCAAUGAUAAUAUUGGAUCUACUAUACUUUUGCAUACUGAUAUAUUUGGAUAUGAAGAAUUGAUUCACCGGCUAGCACAGAAUGGCAUCAAAAUUAAAUUAAACACACUACAGAAAAUCUUAUUCGAACAAAACGGACAUUCUGAUCUUUUUAAUUUUGAUGGACAACCACAAAUAAAGAUUUAUUCACCUAUUGGUACAAUUAGAGAACUGAGCCAACGACAUUACGAACUGUUAUUUGAAAGACGGAUCAUUCACAUCAAGUUAAUACUCAUCAAUCAUGAAAUGAACAAAUUGGAGAAAAUCCCGGGCUUAUUUGUAGUCCCAUAUACACCACAUCCUUCAAGAAAUGACCUAUUUUGUCUCUUCAAAGCAAUCGAACCAAAACGAAUAUAUCCACUCUAUCACAGUGGUUUCGCCGACGAUCCUAUGUGUUUGAUUCCCAAUGAUAUUCUUCCCGAGGAUUGCGAAGUAAUGGAUCUUAAAAAAUUAAACGAUGAUAAACCUCCGUUUUUUGAUGAAUUAGAGGAAUCACAGGAAUCACUGGAAGAUUCAUCGGAAGGAUUAUCUCCACCAUUACAAGAAACAUGCAAUAAAACCUAUGAUAAGGAUGUGAAUUCAAAAUCCGACCCUGUAAAGUCCGUUGAGAUUCAGAUUGUAUACACAAUUGAUGAUGAUGAAAAAGACGACGAUCCGAAAAUUGUCGCAGAUUCAAGCUCUGUAAAUGCCAAUAUUGAUGAUGAUACUGAUGAUACUGAUGACAGCGAAUCCAACCUCUUAGUAUUUCCCGAUUAGAAGACUAAUUCAUUCCAAUUUCUUUCUCAUUUUGAUUCACCCUUAAUCGACUUUUUUCCUUAAUUUUUUGUCGAAAGACAAAUAAAAAACGGGAAACCAAUUAAGAAUAAAUACUCAUGGUUUAGAUUUUUAAGAUGUAAUGUUUCGUUACCUAAUUUAUAUGCACUCAAAAAAUGGUUGUUAUUUUGAAUAAAGAUUAUGCAUGCUCAUU